ACCCUCUCCCUGAACCGUGUUGCUGCCCUCCACCAGCUUCCUUCAAUAUCAUCACCCAAUAGCCACAGGGUAAUAAAUCGCCGGCUUAGCAUGGUGGUCCGCAGUACUACGGCGGACCACAGACGGUCGGCCAAUUACAAGCCAACAACAUGGAGUUACGAGUUUCUCCAGUCCAUCAAGGUCAAUGACAUCAACGAGUGAUGUUAGAGAGGGAGGUCAGAAUGGUUCUGGAGAGUUACAUAAUGGAGGAGCAAAAUGGUUACUUCACGAGGUUGCUCUUGGUUUCAGAGUUCUUAGACAAAAUGGUUACUUCGUCUCGCAAGAUGUGUUCAAGGAUUUGGUGAGUGACAAGAAUAAUGAAGCCCUCUUGAAGGGAUGCGGCCAUGAGGAUGUGAGAGGCAUGCUGAGUCUGUACGAAGCUUCAUAUCUUGCCUACCAGGGUGAAGGCAUUUUGGACAAGGCGAGGGAACAUGCGACUGAACGUCUCAACAGCUUCCUAAUGGAAAUCAGCUCGAGUAAUGGCGAAGAAAACAUGGAAGAACUGGUUCGUCAUUCUUUGGAGGUUCCGUUGCAUAGGAGAAUGGUGAUGCUAGAAGCAAGAUGGUACGUUGAAGCAUAUGAGAAGAAAGAAAGAGCAAACAUGGCGUUGCUUGAACUAGCCAAGCUAGAGUUCAACAUGGCUCAAUCAGUACUCCAAGGUGACCUUAAGGUCACAUCAAGGUGGUGGAACAAUUUGGGGUUAGCUAAAGAGCUUAGUUUCAGUAGAGACAGAUUGGUGGAAUGCUUUUUUUGGACUGUCGGAAUGAUGUUCGAGCCUCGGUUUAGCUCAUGUCGCAAGGUUUUAACACAAGUUACUUCGUUUAUCACCAUAAUCGAUGACAUCUACGAUGUUCAUGGCACUAUGAAUGAGUUGGAAUUAUUCACUGAUGCUGUAGAAAGGUGGGACAUCAAUGUUGUAUCAAGCAUGCCGAAGUACAUGAAGUUAUGUUUCUUAGCUUUCUAUAACACCAUAAACGAGAUGGGUUAUGAAACUCUCAAGAAGUAUGGACACAACAUCAUCCCUUACCUCACUAAAGCAUGGGCUGAUAUGUUGAAGGCAUUCCUAAAAGAAGCAAAGUGGAGCUCCAAAGAGUGCAACCCACCAACAUUUUCCGAAUACAUGGAAAAUGCAUGGAAAUCUGUUUCAGGAGCUGUCAUUCUGAUUCAUACAUAUUGUCUUUCGUAUGAUGAUAUCAAUUUCUCAAAGGAGGCACUGAGCCACUUGAUGAAAUCGAACGAAAUUCUUCGCUGGCCAUCUAUCAUUUUUCGUUUAUGCAACGAUCUAGCAACUUCAUCGGAGGAGAUGGCACGAGGUGAAACAGUGAAUGCAAUCUCAUGCUACAUGAAUGAAACCGGAGUCAGCGAGGAGCAUGCCAGGGAGCACAUGAAAUCCUUGAUUGAUGAAGCAUGGAAGAAUAUGAACGAAGAGUUACUAUUAAUAACAAAACAUGAGUAUUCGUCGACAGAUGAACAUGUGUUUUCUAAAUCAUUUCUUCAAUCGGUAAUUAAUCUUGCGAGGAUCUCUCACUAUACUUAUCAGACCGGAGACAACCAUGGUGCUCCGGAUGCUGGAUCCAAGAAGAGAGUCAUGUCCCUUCUCAUUGACCCUAUCAAAAAUUAAAAUGUAAUUAAUUUUAUAGUAUUCUCCCUCCUCAUGGAAACUAUGAUUACUUCCAUUAAAUGGGUAACAUUAUUUCGUACUCGGUAUGAGCUACACUCCAGGAGGAACAUAUAGAGCAUUAAAUGGAAUACUUAGCC